CGCGCCUCCAGACUUCACCGCGUCGCCGCGCUGGUGGAUCGACCGACCAACCGCGCCUGUCUUGCUCGCGUUCCGAUCGUUUUUUUCCCGCAGGCCGCGCGCAGCAGCGAUCGCAGCGCGGUAGAUGGAGAUCGAGCGGGCGGUGCGGGGGAGCAACGACGCCCGGCUGCGCGCCAAGUACGACGCCGCCGUCGACGUCAUCCGCCGAGCCUUCGCGCUCUACCCGUUUGAGGAACUCGCCUUCAGCUUCAACGGCGGCAAAGAUUCAACUGUGCUGUUGCAUUUGCUUCGGGCUGGCUACUACCUUCACAGAGCCGGUUCAGGCGAUGUAGACAGGACGGAUCGUACCGUUCAAAACUGCCCAAUGCGGACCAUCUACUUCGAGGACCCCAAUACUUUUCCUGAGAUCGAUUCGUUCACGUAUGAAACAGCAUCGACCUACGGUUUGCCACUUGGAACUAUUAGGACAAAUUUUAAGUCUGGCCUAGAAGCCCUGCUUAAGGAGAAGCCUACCAAAGCAAUCUUCCUUGGCACAAGAGACGGCGAUCCGAAUGCGGUUGGUCAGCAACAGUUCUCCCCUAGUUCACCUGGCUGGCCUCCUUUCAUGAGGGUGAACCCUAUCUUGGAUUGGUCCUACAGCGAUGUUUGGUCUUUCCUGUUAACUUGCAAGGUCAAAUACUGCAGCCUCUAUGAUCAAGGGUACACUUCUAUUGGGAGCAUGCAUAGCACAGUUCCAAACGAACUUCUGCGUGAUGGCUCAGGCGGGUUUAGACCGGCAUAUACGCUGUCAGAUGGGAGGCUUGAAAGGGCUGGUAGAGCAAAGAAGACUGGGAGGGAGAAUGUUUCAGCCAAUGGCACGAGCAGUAACGAGACACGGCAAAUGAGUAGAUUGUAGAAAGCAAUAGCCACUGCAAAUAUAGUCGUUUUUUCUUCCUUGCGUCAAAUUGGUUUCGACAAAUUUUGUGUAAAGAAUGGCAGCUCUAUGCCCGAUUACCCCACGUGAAUAUUUAUAUAUACACAAUAGAGAUUCCUAAAAGCUAC